AUGGCAACAGCUUCUGCUGUUGAUCAUCCCAAAAUGGCGGACGAGGAGAAUACAACGGCGCUCCCAGUUGCUACCGAAGCCAAGAAACGUCGGGCACCUAAAGCUCCAGAGCUUCCCAUUGUUGAGCGGAGAAACUGGCUCAUCCACCAGCACUAUAUCCGUAAAGACUAUGAUACCUGUAAGGCGAUCAUCAAAGAGCAACUGCAGGAGACUAAUGGGAUGUGUGAAUAUGCCAUCUAUGUUCAAGCACUAAUCUUGCGUCUUGAGGGCAAGAUCCAGCCGUCCCUGGAGCUGUUUCAGAGCUGCGCCAUCCUUAAUCCCAGCAGCACUGACAACCUCAAGCAAGUGGCCAGAUCACUAUUUCUCCUGGGAAAGCAUAAAGCAGCGAUUGAAUUCUAUCAUGAAGCUGCAAGGCUCAACGAGAAGGACUGGGAGAUCAGUCAUAAUCUGGGGUUGUGCUAUUUCUUCAUCAAAGACUUCAAAAAUGCUGAGGAGCAUCUUAACAUAGCUCUCCAGAUAAACAAGCACGACAAGACCUACAUGAUGCUCGGGAAGGUUCAUCUACUGGCUGGAGAAACUGACAGGGCCAUUGAAGUGUAUAAGAGGGCAGUGGACUUCUCUCCGGAGAACACAGAACUCCUGACUACUCUGGGCCUGCUGUUUUUACAGCUGGGAAAAUAUCAAAAAGCAUUUGAAUACCUUGGAAAUGCCCUCACUUUUGACCCCAACAAUUAUAAGGCCAUCCUAGCUGCAGGCAGCAUGAUGCAGACCCACGGUGACUUUGAUGUGGCCAUGAACAAGUACCGAGUGGCGGCAUGUGCUGUGCCGGAGAGCCCUCCUCUCUGGAACAACAUCGGCAUGUGCUUCUUUGGAAAAAAGAAAUACGUAGCUGCCAUCAGCUGCCUGAAGCGGGCCCACUACAUGUCUCCUUUUGAUUGGAAAGUGUUGUACAACCUGGGUCUGGUACACCUGACCAUGCAGCAGUACGCCUCUGCCUUCCACUUCCUCAGCGCAGCCAUCAACUUGAACCCACGCAUGGGCGAUCUCUACAUGUUGCUGGCAGUGGCUCUGACCAACCUGGAGGACGUAGAGAAUGCCACCAAAGCGUACGAGCAAGCUGUGACUAUUGACCAAUCCAACCCUCUGGUCAACCUGAACUUUGCCAUCUUCCUCUAUAACCAUGGUGAUAAGAAGGCCACUCUAGAUCAGUACCAGGAGAUGGAGAGGAAGGUCAACCUGCUUCGGGACAGCAGUAGCAGCUUUGAAUUUGACCCUGAGCUAAUGGACAUGGCUCAGAAGAUGGGGGCUGCCCUGCAGGUGACAGAGGGUCUGGUAUGGUCUAAACCAGACAAGGAGUCCAAAUCGAAAGCAAACUCUUCAGCAGUCACCAAAGCCCCCGGUGCUGCACUGGGUACUAACCAAGCUCUGGGCCAAGCCAUGUCUUCUGCUGCAAGCUACAACAAGAGCAUGCAGCUACCAGCAGCAGUUUCCAAAGGCCCCUCCAUGCCCCUUGAGCCAGAGCCCGAUGAGGAGUUGGCCCCCUGCCCACCCGAUGAUCCUCCAGGUUCCCCACUGCCUGCAGAGUCAGAAAACCCCAAACCCAAAACCUCCAAGAGGAAAUCUAAGGUGGAGGAAUGAGUUAGGCUGAUGUCUGCAAUCUCACUAGAUAUCUUUGCCGUAAGAUCGCUCUGAUUCUAUGGAGUCGAAUCAAGGUUCUUAAACAGCAGUUAAGCUAUUUGUGGUUUUCUAGCUCCUUGUAAUUAGACAUGGAGCCUGAGGUGAUGGCUUCUGGUAAGUACCUGCUGCACUGGCAUUUCAUGUCAUACUCUUUACAGUGAAAAGGUCAACUAUGUGCAAUUUGUUCAUCCCAUUUAUUGCUGGAUUACUGAAUGUCUACUCCCUUUUUCAUGAAAAGGAAAUGAAGGUGUGGCAGGAUUGGUGCACAUGUCCAAACCAAUUUCAAUGGAUCUUUAGGAACUUCUCUAAUCCACAAAAUGGAUGUAUGGAAAUGUGUGCAGGUGAAAGUGUCAAUAUUUGCCUGAGCUUGGCAAUAAUGCUAAAUGAUGAAUUUCCCAGUAAUAAUAAUUUUAAGGAAAUGCUGCGACAAUCACUAAUAUCUGAGGACAGAAAGGGAUGUGAUGAAUAGUUGUCUGUAUGAUAGGGCUCUUUUUGAGGCUUGAGUGUAAAUAGAGAUAUGCUUUUAUAUGUGGAUACAUGGUAUGUUUAUAGAGAGUAAUGUAUUUAAUACAAGAUAAGAGAAUUUUAAGAAAAUAACUGUGUCGCUUCUUAUUCAGAGUCCAGUUUGUGUCUUGUGUCAUAAACUGCUUUCCAUUAUUAAGCUUUGCAGAUGGCUCACAGAAUUGUUUCAGGGCUUCAAAGUGAAUCUAUUAUCUAACACGGAUACAUGUUCUGAACAAGGAGAACAACCUACAAAUAAAUAAUGAAUCCUUCAUGCUAAAACUUUCAAUAUCUUGAGUAAAGGUUUACAGUGAAAUAAGUGCUUCUGAAAUAUUGUAUUAUUAUGUAUUGAUAUUGUUCGUGUAAUACAUACAUAGGGGGAGCUCUUCAAUCUGAAUGUGUCAUGGCAAAUAUUGUCAUGAUUGAGAAGAAAAAAACUAAAGAAAUAAGUAUCAUUGUUUUGGUUUAAUAUGGGAUUAAUUCAAACUGGAAUCAUUUCUGUGUAUGAAUUACAAUAUGGAUAGGUCCAUUUGUACAUAUUAAGCAAACAUAUGUCUGAAAUAUGGAUCCUGAAGAAGUCUAGGUGCACAGGAAUAUGUUGGGUUAGUUGAAAAUGAAACCACUAAGGUUUUCUUUUAGUAGUUCAGAGACUAAGGGAUUGCUAAAAAAAAAACUAAGAAAUAUAAACAUAAACAUUUCUAAAUGUAAAUAAUUUUACCCAAACUCUGUCCCCUAUUUGUUUUAAUAAAUACCAAAUGAGCUUUCAAAUCUCACAAUCACCUCACGGCUCACUGAACUCUGCUGGGAACUGUGUUGAGAUCAUUAACUGUAAGUUUGGGUGUUUUUUACACCUCUAUCUAUCAUCAUAAAGCAGUCAUGGCUGGAGGUUGAGGUUGAGACAUGCUCAGUGGUGGGAAGUACAUUUACUCAAGUACUGCACUGAAGUACAAUUUUGAGGGACUUGUACUUGGGUAUUUUAGUUUUUUGCUACUUUGUACUUUUACUCCACUACAAUUCAGAGGUAAAUACUCUUACUCCACAACAUGUAUUUAGUACCUUUAGUUAUUUUACAGAUUUGGAUUAAUGAGGUGAAAUAUAAUCAGACUUUCGUUCCACUUUCCCAGCUUUGAUAACACUUUAAGUCACUAAUAAUUAUAAUCAAAACAUAUGAUAUAAUAUUCUAAAUUGGACCAAUCUGCAUAAUAAGUACUUGAAUAACAUUUUGAACGAAGUACUUUUACUUGUAACAGAGUAUUCCUACACUCUGGUAUUUUUCUACUCAAGUACAAGAUCUGAGUACUUCUUCCACCUCUGGACAUGCUUGUGCUGCAGCACAAAGUUCUGGCUAUAAAAAGCCUUGUCAUUGUGUAUUAUUUGAUUACAAACUUUGCGUCAUAUAUCAUGAGUUAUAAUAUACACCUUGGCCAAGAGUUAGUUUUGAACAAUGGACAAUCUGUUCUGCCUCAGUGACAUUCAUCAACAAUAUUAGGAGUUGUUGGAAGUAUUUUUCCAUUGCAAACCUUCAAGAAAGUUUGUUUCUGAUUGUGUUUUGUUUUUGCAAAGGACAUGAUUUCCCUGAACAAUCCAUCCUACACAGAUAUUGAGUUUUGCAUCAAUUAUCUUUCAGUAUGUGGUAACUGUGGGUUCCUGUAAAAACAAUGAAGAACAUUGGUAAAUGUACAAGUACACACUGCAGGACCCAGCCUUAUUUAGUUUGAAAAAAGAUCGACUUGUAUGACCUUAGGUUUACUUCUAGAUUUCUCUUGGACAUGCUCUGGCUGAAUGUAUCUGCUGAUUAGUGACAUUAAGAUGACUUUUUUCUUUUACUAAUAGAUGAUACUCAUACAUGAGUCUGUUUCGAUGUGCUGCAAAAGCAUACAUUUCCCUUGAGGGACACUGAACUGAACAAUUUCGAAAUAUGUUGAUUUGUGACGUUUAUCUCUGCUUACUGAUUUGGAAUCCCAUUAAUUAUUUAGAAAUAUAAACAUAAUUUAGUUUUGUCAUUUUGAUUGAUGUUAGGUUGCACUGAACUUAAUUUGAUGCCAUCUUAAACAGAAUAAAUAUAUUGGAUUAAUGUGAUGGAGAGUACACUGCCGUUUUUCUUUUUUGACAUGUUAAUUUUAUACUUUAGGUGAUGUUCUUAUCUUAGACAAGAAUCUUCUCAGAGGCUGAUAGUUAUCUUCCUUACAGUUACCUGUUGUCAUUCAGGAUUAAAUGCAGACAUCAUUUGACCCUGACAGUGACUGACAGCAGCGGUCUAGAUCUAUCUUCUUCAUCUUCCUUAUCUUUAAGUCUUUUAUGAUGGAAAAUAGAUGUGUAGCUAUUAUACCAAAAACACUGUCGUUUUUUAAUUAGGUUCUUGUUAAACUGCAUGCCUGAUUCGCCAGUGGUCAUAACUUUUACAGGCCAACUUAGGGCUGCUGAUUUACUGCUGUGGCAGAUGUGGGAAAAAGGCUUCUCUUCUUUAAUUCAAAUUGCUUGUGGAAGCCUAACUCUCAGUACGGAAAAUAUUGAUAAAGGUCUGCACACUGUAGCUCCAUUAGAUGCAUUUGAUUGGCACAUCAACAUGUAUUGUUUUGAUCUAAAUAUCUUUUUCAGAAUAAACGUCUCAGUAUCUGUUCAAAGUGUAUUUAAAUGUAUCAUGGCUCCUUGGAAUAAGUAUUUUUUUAUUUAUGUUUUUUGCCUUUCAGAUUUGACAGUGUAAGUUAUAUUGGCAGUUGUAAAUAAUACACUGUUUACCUUUUUUUUAAUUAUAUAUAUAACUUUAAAUGUAAAAUAAGGCCAUAUUUUUGUUUGGUUGCAGCAGAGAGCUGACAGAGGCCUUACUUGGACAAAGAUGUCAUUUUUAUUUCCACACAGUCUUUCUUAUUUGAACUAUAGUGACAUGUAGUGGUUUGAUAUUUGAAGGCUGUGGAUGUCUGGAUUUCAUAUAAACUAUGCUGUUAACCUUAACCUCAUUUUCCUACUUUGCAGUUCUACCGUAUAACCUUCUAGCUUUUAACUUGUACAUCACAUACUGUAAUUCUGUCUGCACCUCCUCAUACAGUGUCUGCCUCUCAUCUGGCUCUUUGAAAUAGUUCCCCAGAUAAUCGUAAGCUCUCAAGUAUCAAACUCAGCACCGGCCAAUGAAAGUCCUUCACACACUCCUUCAUCAUCCAGGCUUUCCUUUCUACUUACCUCAGCUACAUAUCAUGUGUUUCCAGUUUCCCCCAAACCCAGCACAGUCUGUCCUGCCUCCAUACUUUCAGUUCCAUACUGAAUACAACAAGUGUGAAAAGUAUAUACUCAUCUUUAUAAGUACAUUCAUAAAUAUGCAUAGUUUACGGUUGUAUACUUCCAGGAAAUGAAUCAAUAUGUGCAAAUUCAAUCCAACUUCAACUUUAGAAUGCCAAUUAGACCUUAGACACGAGUAGACACAACUCCAGCUGUGAGCAUCCCUUUGAUUCCCUUCGAGCAUUGUGUUAGGUAGAAUAGUGUCUAUCAACAGUGCACUCGAAAACGGACUUUAGCUGCCUAUGAUUUAUGUCCUUUAUCCAUGCUAGCAGUGGGGUUAGUUGGUCAACAAUUGGUCCAAACUGAAAGUUCUCAAGAAACCUAUUUCACCAUUAACUGACUUCCCUGAAGUUUCCCUGUAGUGCCACCAUGAGC